ACCCCCAGGCACCCGUUCUGGGCCCUGGAGCCCCUUGACACCGUCGGCAAGGCUCUAGAAGGUUGCCUUCUGGUACGUGAACAGAGCCAGAUUUCACACUGAGCAGCUGCAGACCGAGAAAUCAGAGAAAGCACAACCCAGCCUCAGAUUCCGAGGGGCCUGCUGGGGACUCUCUCCUCCUACUUGGGAGGGAAGACCCUGAGGCCGCCGUCUCAGGCCAGGCCUUGGCUGCCAUGGAACUCGCAGCUGCCGCCCCCCAGCUGCCCUCCGCACUGCCAGGCAGAUAAGGGUGGUGCCGCCCCAGGAGCACCUGCGUCCCCCUGCCAGGCCGCCCUCCGUGGCCAGCCCUUCUUCUACUUCAGGCCACCUGUGCUGACCCGAGGCCAUGUAGGCCGCACUCACGCCUCUGUGGACAGACUCACCGCUGGGGACACCGCCUCUGCUCUCUGGGGGACCCUGCGCACCACCAUGCCCCAGGGACUCGCCUGGCUCCACUAUCUCGGGAUCCUCCUGGGCAUGGCCUUGGGGGACCAGGGUCUGGAGGUGUGGCCUGUGACCCAGAGCAAGGAGUGUGCCAUCACCGGCUUCCUGCGGGACAAGCUGCAGUACAAGAACCGCCUUCACUACAUGAAACACUACUUCCCCAUCAACUACCAGGUCAGCGUGCCUUAUGAGGGGGUGCUCAGAGUGGCCAACGUCACCAGGCUGCAGCGGGCCCAGGUGAGCCAGCAGGAGCUGCGGUAUCUGUGGGUCUGGGUGAGUCUCAGUGCCACUGAGGCAGUGCAGAAGGUGCUGCUCGAAGGCCACCCGUCCUGGCAGUACCUGGACGACAUACAUACUCUACUGCUGAACGUCCAGCAAGACCUCAGGGGUGUGGACGUCAGCCCCAGGGUGGAAGCGGUGUUGUCCCUCCUGAGUGCUCCAGGGCUGAGCCAGAAGCUGGUGCGGCCCAAAGCCCUGAUGGACAACUGCUUCCGGGUCCUGGAGCUGCUGUACUGCUCUUGCUGUAAACAAAGCUCUGUCCGCAACUGGCAGGAUUGCGAGGUGCCAAGCGCUCAGCCCCAUCACACAGAGCCCUUGUGGCAAUGUGUGGCCGCCUAGCUGGACCCUUCGCCCCAGCAGCCCCCGCCUCGCUGCCCCUGGACCCCGAGGCUGGACCCUGGCUCAGUGAAGCUGCCGAGGGCACAGGGACCUUCUGCCGCGGGGGGCCCAUGUGGUGACUUGCGUGGGGCAGACGGAGGAGCUCCCACAGUUCACUGGGCCGAGAUGGCGCCGGGUGGGGGUGGGGAACGCCCCUCGGGAGAGGACCCCCGGGACAGCUGUUUUUCCUUUCAGGGGGAAUCUGCCUGGGAGUCAGCUCCCACCCCCGCACCUCACAUGCUCUCACCUGGAGCGGCGAGGGCCUGAGGACGCCCGGGGUGGACAGGGCAGAGCCGCGGCCCCUCCUGGCACCGCCCAGGCUGC